AUGGCUGGUGGAAAAGGCAAAACCAGUCGAGGGAGAGGUGCUAAAGAAGGCUCUGGUGGUAGAUCCAACCCCGUCCUUGGUAAAUCCAACGACAGCCGCAGGUGCAUGCUCGACCCAACGCUCAACGGCGGUGGUGUUCGAACCAAAGUCGCACCUCCUCCUCAAACCAAAGAUACAUCAGGUGCUCCAGCCAACCUCGAACCUGCUCCUCAAAACUCAGCCGCACGUACUCCGACCACCAACGGUGGUGGUCAAUUUCCACCCUCGAAACAAUCUCAAGCUCCUUACCAACUACAGUUUCUGAAUCCGAACCCACAACCUCAGCCAGUGGAGAUUCCUCAGCAACAAGCUCCUCAUGGUCAAUUUCCUCAGGAAGGUGAAGUUAAUAAUUACAACCCGAACCAUGAUCUUGAUAUAGAGGAUGACAUACCACUUGAUGAUCCCAACCUCGAUGCGCAAGACUACCAACAGUUGUUAGCAAAUCUGAUGGCUCUUCCGGGCCGAGAACGUCUAACUAACUAUCUUGUCUGA